AUGGGCGGUGAGCAAGGGAUGCAGCCCGGCUCGGUGGUGCACGGACGAUCGGAUCGGGCUGCGGCUGCCGGCUCUCAGUGUCGCUCAGAUCGCGGCGCGCGUUGGUCGUGCGUCGAGCGCGUGUGGAGUGAUGUCUGCGAGAUGAGGCUGUCGCUGGUGCUACUGUGGCUGGGCGCGGCGGCGGCAUGCGGCCCGAGCCGCGGCUACACCCGCCGCCAGGGUGCGCGCCGCAUCUCACCCCUGGUCUUCGGUCAGCACGACCCUAACAUUAGUGAGAACAAGAAUACCGCCAGUGGACCUCCUGAGGGUCGCAUCACCAGAGACGACGAGAGGUUUAAAGACUUAGUGCCGAAUUAUAAUCCGGACAUCGACUUUAGGGAUGAUGAGGGGACCGGUGCUGAUCGCCUCAUGACACAGAGAUGCAAAGAGAAGCUGAACACGCUGGCGAUCAGCGUGAUGAACCAGUGGCCCGGUGUGCGGCUGCGUGUCAUCGAAGGGUGGGACGAGGAGAACUCGCAUCUAGAAAAUUCUCUACACUACGAGGGCCGCGCAGUCGACCUCACCACCAGUGACCGCGACCGCUCCAAGUACGGCAUGCUCGCGAGACUAGCAGUGGAAGCCGGCUUCGACUGGGUCUACUAUGAAAGUCGAUCGUACAUACACUGCUCCGUCAAGACAGAGUCUUCCGCGGGAACCGGUGCUGGUUGUUUCCCUGGAGGAGCUAUGGUGUACACAGAGAAGGGCCCCCGUGAUAUUUCUACGAUACAAAUAGGAGACAAAGUGCUGUCGGCUUCAGACGACGGCAAAAUGGUUUAUUCUGAGGUAUUAACUUUCAUCGACCGCGAUCCAAACGCCACGCGGCAGUUCAUUGAAGUGACAGCAGAGAAUGGUGUGACGAUCACGACUACUACGUCGCAUCUACUGCUGCUAGCGGCGGCUGACGGUUGGCGGGAGUCGUUCGCGUCCAGUGUCCAGAUCGGAGACGUACUCCUGACGAGAGGGUCGGCCGAUGUCAUGCGGCCGUCCAGGGUCGUGAAGACCCGUAUGUUGUCGAAGCGCGGAGUGUACGCGCCUUUGACAAGGACUGGCACAAUCAUCGUGGACGACGCAUUGGCGUCUUGCUACGCGAUGGUCCGCAGCCAUUCGCUGGCGCAUGCGGCGAUGGCUCCACUCCGGUGGAUGGCGCGGUGGAGCGGGUCCAACGAGCUGCCGCGCGGCGUGCACUGGUACGCGAGCGCUCUCUACUCGGUCGGGGACUUCGUGCUCCCGACCUCGUAUAGGUAUCGCUAGCGCAGUGAGUGAGUGCUGACAAUAUGUGGUCGGUGUGAGAACAAACCGCGCGCGGGACGUGCACAAGGACACUGUUGUAAAUAUCGAUCGUGUAAAUAGUAGAGUGAGUAUGACAGACUACGAUAUGUAAAUACUUGGGCCGCGAACAUUAAAAUGUUUAAUAUUAUAUAUGCUCGUCGUUAACGAGCUUUACUUACCCUCAUUGGAAUUUAUUUAUUAAGUAAUUUAAGAAACUUUUUGCAAAUUUUGCAUAUUAUUUAGUUAACUUACGAAUAUUUUUUGUAAAUUGUAUCGGUAUUGUUAUUCUGCACAAUGCAGAAAUACUUAAAUGUAUGCGCUUAUGUUAUUUUAAGUUACUGUAUAAAGAUUAUGAAUAAAAUUAAUUCACUUCUUUAGCAAAUCCGAAGAACAAUAUUUCUGUAAUCAAGGGUUUUGAUUGCAACAGUGCACAGUGUUCGUAUGGUCGGUACGAGAUUCAGCUGUAACCAGACAUUCCAUAACUCUAAUCCUUCAUCUACUUACACACGUUAGGAAUGAUGAAAUUGUGAUCUUGGUACCUAAAAACGUGCCUUAAGAUUUUAUUUAUUGUUAUUUAUAAGCUAGGUGUCUAUUUAUGAAUUGACGAAACUAUUUAGGUCUAACUUAUUCUAUUAUGUCCGAUACCGUCUUUAUUUCUAAGUGACUAUUUAUUUAAUACUCUUAAUAAUCUUCCAAGUUUUCUUUCAACGCUUGACAUCGUUUAUUGUUUGCUUUAAUUUCAAUGUAUCUUUGUUGUUUCUCUAACAAUGCAUGACUUGAUGAUAGUACUAAUCCUCGCGCGUGUUUUGCGGAUCCGACACGACAUGCGGCGACUUUAUAGAUCACUUGUUAGAUCUUGAACUGAAGUAUGGGUUCCUAUAGAUUGAAUUUAGUGGAAUGUUGUAAGACUUGUGAGUGCAACGAUAAUUUUUAGAAAUAAUUUCUUAGGACAAAAUUGUUUGAAUAAUAUUUAUUAUAUGAAACAUUCACAUCUGUGCUAAUUGCUAAUUGAUUGAUGUCAGCGACAAACGUUAACUAAACUUCUAUGUUAUAAAAUAGUAAUUAGUGCUUAUGUAGACUAUACUAACAAAUUUUAUAGGUACAUACAUAAAUCGGAAAGCUUUAACUAAUAUUUGGACAAUACAUUUAUGCCAUAUUAAUAUAACUUAGUUUAAAAAACUAAAUGCUAUACAGUGGGUGUAACAGUGUCGCCCUUUUCAGUGUAAAUCAGUGGAGAGUUUUAUUUAUAAUUUGAUAUCAUAAUAUGUUGACAGUCACCGUUGAAUAAUAAAUGUAUGAGUAGAACUAUCGAAGUUUUUAUGUUAAUGUAUUCUUUAUUAGCCAUCAUUCAACUACUUAUUGUUUUCGUUAUGGUCUAGCAGAUAAAUGGGAAUAAAGUUUAAUGAAUAGCCUGUAAUAGUAAAUGGUAAAGCAGAAAUGUUAAGAACAAAUAGUCACUCUUAAAGUUGUAUGUCACUCUGACGUCAAAGAGAAGGUCGAUAGUUCGUCAUAGUGCGAAUGUAAUAAUCAAACAAUACCUUAGUUGUGUUUUAGCUUUGUCGUUAAUAUAUACAUAUACCAACACAUGACUAGUUCAAACCAGUUUAUAAAUGCUGUUUCAUUAUUUGUGUACCAGGUUAAGUAGGAAAUGAAAAUUGUAGUUACAUUAUGCUUUCUCAAUGUAAACUGACGGAGCUUUAUCCCAAACUAAUGAAUGAUAAAAAUGAUAAUGACUUAUCAUUUCAAAAAAUAACGAAUGAUAUCUUUAGUAAAAUAGUAAAAAAUUUCGAUGGUCUCUACAAUACGGAAUUGUUUAACAUCGUCUGAUCUGAUCAUAAUUUAUAUAGUAUAUUUGUCCAUUUUGCUGAUUACGGUUCUAAAAGUAUUAUUAGAGAGGAGUUGUAUUGUUUGUCUUCUUUUUCUUUCUAUUCAUCCCAGUACAAAAAUAAAAAAGUUUGUAAUAAAGAAACACAAAGAUAACGGUUCACUUAAGGAUUAAAAAUUUAAAAAGUUAAGAUACUUACUCUUUUCCUUAAAUUUGUAAAAUAAUUACAUAUAAAUAAAGGCAGUGCUUUCUUUAACGAUUGACUCGUUACAAAUUCUGUACUUCCAAUACGGUGCUCAGGAAAUUUUAGGAAAUAUGUACCUAUUGUACCCAUUAAAAUAAGUGAAAAACAAUGUAUGAAACAACGAUACGUAAUUAUGCUUUUACACUAUUUAUUUAUUGACGUUAUAUUUGUAUUAAUAUAAAAAAGAUGGCGUUCAGUCUCCACGCGUUGGUUUGUAUGUGGACUACUGAUGUUUCAGAGCUUCUUGUAAAGAAAGUUAAUGUUGAGGACAUUGUUUGAUGUACCACUGUCGUAUUAUCAAAAUGUAUUAUAAUAUCAAAAUAAAUAAAAUGUUGGCUUUGU